CGCUCGUUUGGCGCGCGCGCGCCCUAGGCCGCGGGUUUGAGCUAGCGUCUUGGGCUUCCUCACAUUUCUCCUUGCCUUUCAAUUAUUUCCAGACUCCAGGGUCUCCGACUUCGGAGAUGCCGUCGUCUUUGCUGGGCGCAGCAAUGACAGCCUCUACAUCGGCCGCGUCUCUGCAGGAAGCUCUGGAAAAUGCCGGGCGGCUGAUCGAUCGUCAGUUGCAAGAAGACCGCAUGUACCCGGACCUUUCGGAGCUGCUGACGGUGCCUGCCCCAAGCAAUCCCACUGUUUCUGGCAUGUCAGAUAUGGAUUAUCCUUUACAAGGUCCUGGUUUGCUGUCAGUACCCAACCUUCCAGAGAUCAGCUCUAUCCGAAGAGUUCCUCUCCCACCAGAACUUGUUGAACAGUUUGGCCAUAUGCAAUGUAACUGCAUGAUGGGUGUUUUCCCUCCCAUCAGCAGAGCUUGGCUUACAAUUGACAGUGACAUAUUUAUGUGGAACUAUGAGGAUGGAGGAGAUCUUGCCUAUUUUGACGGACUUAGUGAGACUAUUCUUGCUGUGGGGCUUGUGAAACCAAAAGCUGGCAUUUUUCAACCUCAUGUACGGUACCUCUUAGUAUUGGCGACCCCUGUGGAUAUAGUGAUUCUUGGACUCAGCUAUGCUAAUUUGCAAACAGGUUCUGGAAUUCUUAAUGACAGUAUGUGUGGUGGAAUGCAGUUGCUUCCAGAUCCUUUAUAUUCUCUUCCCACGGAUAAUACUUACCUUUUGACAAUAACCUCCACGGAUAAUGGCAGAAUUUUCUUGGCUGGAAAGGAUGGCUGUUUAUAUGAAGUAGCAUACCAAGUAAGCCCAAAAUUUAUAAACACAAUUGCUUUUUCUUUUUUUUUUGGUCGGUCGUGGGGCUUGAACUCUGGGCUUGGGCACUGUCCCUCAGCUCUUCAGCUCAAGGUGAGCCCUCUACCACUUGAGCCACAGUGCCACUUCCGGUUUUCCAAUGAUCCUAUUGUUCAAAUUGCAAUUGACAAUUCCAGAAAUAUUUUAUAUACACGAUCAGAGAAAGGAGUUAUACAGGUUUAUGAUUUGGGCCAUGAUGGGCAGGGUAUGAGUAGAGUUGCCUCAGUGUCACAGAAUGCUAUUGUCUCUGCUGCUGGAAACAUCGCUAGGACCAUUGACCGUUCUGUUUUUAAGCCAAUUGUUCAGAUAGCAGUGAUUGAAAAUUCUGAAUCAUUGGACUGUCAGUUAUUGGCUGUUACUCAUGCAGGUGUUAGGUUAUAUUUCAGCACUUGUCCAUUUAGACAGCCAUUAGCACGGCCUAACACACUCACACUGGUUCAUGUCCGCUUACCUCCUGGAUUCUCGGCAUCUUCAACAGUGGAAAAGCCUUCAAAAGUACAUAAAGCUCUUUAUAGUAAAGGUAUUCUACUGAUGACAGCUUCAGAAAAUGAAGAUAAUGACAUUUUAUGGUGUAUCAACCAUGAUACAUUUCCUUUCCAAAAACCAAUGAUGGAAACUCAGAUGACAACUCGUGUUGAUGGUCAUUCCUGGGCUCUUUCUGCAAUAGAUGAAUUAAAACUUGAUAAAAUAAUUACACCUUUAAACAAGGAUCAUAUUCCAAUAACUGACUCCCCAGUAGUUGUACAGCAGCAUAUGUUGCCUCCAAAGAAGUUUGUUCUCCUCUCAGCACAAGGGAGUCUUAUGUUCCAUAAACUUAGACCUGUAGAUCAACUGAGGCAUCUACUUGUGAGUAAUGUGGGUGGAGAUGGAGAAGAGAUUGAAAGAUUUUUUAAAUUACAUCAGGAAGACCAGGCUUGUGCAACUUGCCUUAUCCUUGCUUGCUCUGCUGCUGCCUGUGAUAGAGAAGUGUCUGCUUGGGCUACACGGGCUUUCUUCAGGUAUGGUGGCGAAGCACAGAUGAGAUUUCCAGCUACUCUCCCAACUCCCAGUACUGUUGGUCCCAUCUUGGGGUCACCUGUCUAUUCUAGUUCUCCUGUUCCUAGUAGUCCCUAUCCAAACCCAUCCUUUUUAGGAACACCAUCUCAUGGUAUACAGCCUUCAGCCAUGUCAACUCCAUUAGGCACCAUGGGAAACCCAGCAACUCAGACCACAGGUAUGAGUUGUGUGACUGGACCAGAGAUUGUGUUCUCAGGAAAACACAAUGGUAUUUGCAUUUACUUUUCUCGAAUUAUAGGAAAUAUUUGGGAUGCUAGCUUAGUCGUGGAGAGAAUAUUCAAGAGUGGCAAUAAAGAGAUCACUGCAAUUGAAAGUAGUGUACCUUGCCAACUGCUGGAGUCAGUGCUACAAGAACUAAAGGGUUUACAAGAGUUCCUCGACAGAAAUUCCCAGUUUGCUGGAGGGCCAUUAGGAAAUCCAAAUACUACUACCAAAGUGCAGCAAAGACUGAUAGGAUUCAUGCGUCCUGAAAAUGGAAAUACUCAGCAAAUGCAACAGGAGUUGCAGAGGAAGUUCCAUGAGGCUCAACUGAGUGAAAAAGUUUCACUUCAGGCAAUCCAGCAGUUGGUGAGAAAAUCAUACCAGGCUCUGGCUUUGUGGAAACUGCUUUGUGAACAUCAGUUUACCAUCAUUGUAGGAGAACUUCAAAAGGAAUUGCAAGAACAAUUGAAGAUUACCACCUUUAAAGAUCUUGUAAUCAGGGACAAAGAACUCACUGGAGCAUUAAUUGCUUCUCUUAUCAACUGCUACAUCAGAGAUAAUGCUGCUGUGGAUGGCAUUAGCUCACAUUUACAGGACAUCUGCCCUCUUCUGUAUAGCACUGAUGAUGCAGUUUGUUCUAAGGCAAAUGAACUUCUUCAGCGUUCCCGACAAGUUCAAAAUAAGAUUGAGAAAGAAAGAAUGUUAAGAGAAUCAUUAAAGGAAUAUCAAAAAAUCAGUAAUCAAGUGGACCUUUCCAAUGUUUGUGUUCAGUAUAGACAAGUUCGUUUUUAUGAGGGUGUGGUAGAACUUUCGCUUACUGCUGCAGAGAAAAAAGAUCCUCAGGGGCUUGGACUUCAUUUCUAUAAACACGGAGAACCAGAAGAAGAUGUAGCUGGACACCAGGCUUUCCAAGAAAGACUAAACAGUUAUAAAUGCAUUACAGAUACACUUCAAGAACUAGUAAAUCAAAGUAAGGCAGCUCCUCAGUCUCCCAGUGUACCAAAAAAACCUGGUCCUCCAGUCUUGUCAUCUGAUCCCAAUAUGCUGAGUAAUGAAGAAGCAGGACAUCAUUUUGAACACAUGCUCAAAUUAGCUCAGCGAUCCAAGGAUGAGCUCUUUAGUAUUGCUCUUUAUAAUUGGCUGAUACAGGCUGAUCUUGCAGAUAAGCUGCUACAGAUUGCUUCUCCAUUUCUGGAGCCACAUCUAGUCCGAAUGGCCAAAGUGGAUCAAAACAAAGUUCGUUACAUGGAUUUACUCUGGAGGUAUUAUGAGAAGAACAGAAGUUUUAGUAAUGCUGCUCGUGUCCUAUCCAAAUUGGCUGAUAUGCAUAGCACAGAAAUUUCACUUCAACAACGACUAGAAUAUAUUGCUCGAGCAAUUCUUAGUGCCAAAAGUUCCACUGCAAUAUCAUCAAUAGCUGCAGAUGGUGAAUUCCUACAUGAAUUAGAAGAAAAAAUGGAAGUAAGUUAUUUUAUUAUACAAUUUUUAGAGCAGCAGGUUUGUACUUUGAACUGGGAUGUGGGCUUUGUUAUACAGACCAUGAAUGAAAUUGGAGUACCAUUACCUCGACUACUAGAAGUUUAUGAUCAACUGUUCAAAUCACGGGAUCCAUUCUGGAACAGAGUAAAAAAACCAUUGCAUCUUUUGGAUUGUAUCCAUGUACUUUUAACAAAAUAUGUGGAGAAUCCUAGCCACGUUGUAAAUUGUGAAAGAAGAAGAUUUACACAUCUAUGCCUGGAUGCUGUUUGUGGGUAUCUGGUUGAACUUCAAUCAAUGAGUUCUUCAGCAACUGUACAAGCUAUUACUGGGAAUUUUAAAUCCCUUCAAGCAAAAUUAGAACGGCUUCAUUAAUUACUGUAGUGCAUUUUUACCCACAAAUUUCAGUCUGUAAAAUAAAAUUUUAGCUGGGUCCAGAUAA